CUUGCUUCCUCCACCAUAAUGCUAGAGCCUCACACCAACAAAUGUUCCGCCUCAAACGCCGUUUAACACAACCGCUUAUUUUAUUUUAUUUUAUUUUUCAAAAAACGUCCCGCCGUAGCAGCGGAGAGUCGUGUGAGUAUACAAGACUAUCACUGUGGCAAUGGUGCUUCUAAUUAGGGGCGCUCACUCCGAACUGCUGCUUUUAAGCUGACGAAUGCUAGCUACAUUGCUAGCUGACUCAAGCUAACUAAAGCGAAGCAAACACCUGCGCUUCAUGGUUGAGCGGUUGUUCAUGUUGCUCAUGUUGCUCGUGUUGUUCAUCGCCUGGACACAGUCUUCCCAGGUUUCAUCCUUAACUUGACGCCCCCUCAUCAUGGACUUGUGAAAUCCUCAAACUUCCUCAGGACCAGAGGUGACCCGUUUGACCCCCCCGGCCGAUCUCCUUGAGGGGAGCACACAGAUGGGGCUCAGCUGCUGUCGCCCUGAGAGUCCCUGUGGCAGCGUGGAGGAAAGAAGCAGUCUGCUAAAAGAUGACGCCAAGGCUGCGGAGCCCACGGGGGACACGGCUAUGGCGGGAGCAUGUGGCCCUCGAGAUGAAAAUAUCAGGAAGACAGCUGUCGAUGCCAUACUAAGGGAGGACGGCAGCGACAAUGAGGGCGCCGUGCAAGUGAAGCUGCUCCCCAAUGGUGGCAAGCCUGAGCCGGCCGUCGCUCAGGAAAACGGGUCGUUGCAGAGAGAAGCUAUGCACACUUCCACGCUUUGCCCGGACAAAGCUGCUGCACUCACCGAAAACUCCACCAGAGAAGAAAACACGGAGGCUCGAGCCAAAAGUGCAGCGGCUGACCCCCCGCACCAAGUGAAGUCUGAUUGGGAGGGUUCACCUGCAACAGUGAAGCAGCCUCCAGCCUCCUUGGAGGUUCACGUCCAAGAUGACUGCACACAAGCAGAGGAUGAUGAAAACUCUCCCUGUAAAAACACAUCAGACAUUUGUUGCCAUGAAGAUGACGAUGGUGGCGCCAUUGUGGCCAAUGGCUGCGCCCUUGUCGUGGAGCUUUGGCCAAAUAAGGAUACUUUGUCCGACACUCAGGAGUCAUCCGUCUCUACGGCACAUCAAGCGAUCAAAGCUGAGUCGGCUUGUUUAGCGAGUGAGGAUCCAGACCACGAAAGCUCUCCAGCGCUCAUGGAUGGCCAGGAAGGGAAAGACUUCAAUGGUCCUGUUGCUUCAGAGUCAGAGUCCAAAAUAGUGAACCACUGUGGCCAAGAGAAACGCCCUGCACACUCUGCAGCUGCUGAGCAACCACUGACCACAGUGCUAGAAGACGCCAGCAACAGCCCAGAAGAAGCCUCCUCAGAGAACAUCUCCCAGCAUGCGGUGGAAGAGCUGCAAGAUAGAGUUAGUCCAAAAUUCACAGAGGAUGCGGAGAAGGUGGAAGAGGUGCAGAAUGAUCCUGUGGAGGCUCAGAGAAACGUUGAGAUUGAGGAGGAAAAUGGAGAAGAUGACCCAGAUGAGGUUGGAGAACAUGUCAGGAAGACCGAAGACAGUUUCAUGAGUGGUGAAGAAGACUUGUACAGAGCAGCAGACGACCUGUCAGCAUCACACGAUAACGACGACACACAACCAGCAACUCUCUUAGAAAGCACAUUGGAUGCUCGAUGCAGUUUGGGCCCACCUGUGGAUAUUGUGUCCUACAGCGAGCGAGAGUGGCGAGGUCACACGGCCAAGAGUGCGCUCAUUAGAAAGGGUUACAAGGAGAUGUCUCGGCGCUUUGUCAGCGUGCGGCAAGUCCGGGGGGACAACUACUGUGCUCUGAGAGCCACCUUGUUCCAGGUACUCUCGCAGAGCGCUCAAGUGCCAGCGUGGCUUCAGGACGACGACAUCGUAAAGCUGCCACAGGAACUGGCGGCCCAGUCAGGUCUGAUAAGUCAGUGGAGGUUUCCUGGCGAGUGUCUGCUGCAGGGAGAUGUCACCCAGCAGCUUCAAAGCUACAUGGAGCUCCUCCAACAUAAGUGGUGUGCAGCGGCUGGUUGUUCGUCAGCUCAGGAGCGUCUGCAGCUGUGCGAGAGAACCUUCCAGGGAGGCGAAGAGGAGCUGGCCAUGCUCGAGGCGCUCAAGCUGCUGAUGCUGGCCCGCACCGUGGAGCUGCACGCUCACAUGCAGGCCGGCCGAGAUGUGCCGCUCUUCUGCUGGCUGCUGUUCGCACGUGACUCCUCCAACUGCCCGCGCUCCUUCCUCGCCAACCACUUAGGACACGUGGGCCUCAGUGCUGGCCUGGAGCAGGUGGAGAUGUUCCUGCUGGGCUACGCCUUGCAGUGCACUAUCCAGGUGUACAGGCUCUACAUGGCCGACACAGAGGAGUUCGUCGCCUACUACCCAGACGACCACAAGGAUGACUGGCCCUGCGUGAGUCUCGUCACAGAGGACGACCGCCACUACAACGUGCCCGUCGCCGAGACAGCCGAGAAGGUGGAUUCCAGCUGAGACGUGGUCCUGUCAUGCAAACUCAAACCCAAACCUCAGGUCCGUCCAGUAGAAGAAGUCUAUAUGUAUUUGUACACACUGUACUGUACUGUGCAGCCCACGUUGCCAACAGUGCCGCCGUGACGUGUUUGGCCUUCACACUGGAAUCAUGGCACGUUUUAAGUUCAGGAUUUUAUCUCAUUAAUUUUUUGAAGUCUAAUUGGACUACAGGCCGAAAGAAGAAUCAGGUGCUCGCCAUCUUUUUUUUUUUUUUUCAGUGACAGUCCGUUGGAUUACGAUAACGUUGGUGUGUAACCUGUUGCCUUUUCAAGCCAAGCCAGUUAGGAGGAACAUGUACCAAUGUUGCCACAAGGGCUGGCCUCAGUCCCGACCACCAGCUGCUGGAUCUCGUCGCCAAGGCCAGCUCGGUCCUCCAUGUUGCCUUAGAAAAAAAAAAAAUGCACAAGAAUGAAUGAAUGUGGCGUGUCUCAGAAGUCAACAGCGGCAGGGAUUGUCCGCUUGCUGAUGGCGUUUGAAUAAAACGAAAGCACAAAUCUCUACGUCGUCU